AUGUCUCGAUAUUCAGAUUCAUUCAUAGGCGGUGCUCUCCGCCCGUUAGACCGCGAUAAAGCUGAACAGGAACUGGCUGUGCAUCUUCGCAAGGCAACCAGUCCGGAAGAGACAUCGCCGAAACAAAAGCAUGUACGAAAGUGCAUCGUAUAUACUUGGGAUCAUAAAUCAUCUCAGUCCAUAUGGUCGGGACUGCGUUCUUUGCCGAUCAUGAAUGAUGACAUUCAGACUUUCAAGGCCUUGAUUGUUGUGCAUAAAAUUCUUCAAGAAGGACAUCCUGUUGUGCUCCGUGAGGCGCAAAGUCAGAUGGGGUGGUUGGAUACCUGUGCGCGCAUGUCCAGUACUAGUCCACGGAACUAUAGCCAGCUGAUCCAGGCAUACGUCUCUUUCAUCCAUGCGAAACUGCGCUUUCAUCGCAUGCACAAGGAGUUCAAUGGUCUUUUUGAAUAUGAAGAGUACAUCUCGCUGAAGAACAUCGACAACCCAGACGAAGGAUACGAGACAAUCAUCGAGCUGAUGAAUUUACAGGACCGCAUCGAAAAGUUCCAGUCUCUAGUGUUUAGCACGCUGCGUGGCCGCACGAAUGAAUGCCAGAUCUCCUCUUUAGUGCCGCUUGUCAAAGAGUCUUACGGCAUUUACAAAUUUCUUACAUCAAUGCUUCGUGCGAUGCAUCGUCGAACCGAUGCUAUUGAUGCUCUAGAACCGUUGCGUGGGCGAUACCAACACCAGCACUAUGCCCUUCGACGAUUCUACUUCGAAUGUGCGAGUCUCAAGUAUCUCACGAGUCUAAUCAAUGUCCCUAAGCUGAACUCGGAGCCACCCAAUUUAUUAAACUCGCCCGAUGAUCAUUCUCGUGAGCCGUUGCAACUGCCACCGCGUGAGCCAACACCGCCGUCCACACCAGCCGGGCCGACGCAAUCAGAGAUUGACGAGCAGGCACGCCUUUUGAAAGAAUUUGAGGACAAGCAGCGUGCACUCAAGGAAAGCGAGGCCGCUGAGGCUCGGCGUAUUGAAGAGCAAGCUCUCUUGCGCGAGCGUGAGUUUGCACGAAAACAAGCUGCACAGGCAGAUGAGCAGCGCUUGGCGCAGGAACAGCUGAUUAGAUCACAAGAAAUCAACCAAAUUCACGGGCGUGCAGCUGAAAUUGAGCGUGACUUGUUGUUCAUGCGUGGUCAAUACGAGCGUGACCAGCUCAUGCUGCAGCAAUACGAUAUGCGAGUCAAAGCGCUCGAAAUGGAGCUGGCGGCUGCUGGACAAAAUGUCCAUGCUCAAAUGGCAGGAAAAGAUGACAUGCUGCAGCAACUGCAAGAACAAGUCGAAACGUGGCGCAAAAAGUAUGAAGCUUUGGCCAAAUUGUACUCGCAGCUGCGUAACGAGCACUUGGAGCUUCUAAACAAGUAUAAGCAAACACAAAUUAAGGCUGGCAGUGCGCAGGAGGUCAUCAACAAAAUGGAGCGCAUGGAACGCGACAUCAAAGCCAAGAACCUCGAAAUGUCCGACAUGAUCCGUGAGCGAGACCGGGCUCGUCUGGAGCUGGACCGAGCUCGUGGUGGUGAGCGAGAAGAAGUGGAACGACUCAAGCGAGAAUUACGCUUCGCUGAGGAGCGGGCGGAGGAUGCAGUCCAAGCACGCAGCACGGAAGUGUCGAGUAUCAUGACCCGUAUGAAUGCCCAAAUCGCCGAAUUGGAGGAGGCGCUUGCUUCUCACAAAGCGCAGCUCGAGGCAAAGGAUGCCGAAGCGCUCAUUUUGCAGGAGGGAAUGGACUCGACUAUUCGCCAGAUGAAAGAAAUGCACGUUGAUCAGGGCACAGCGGACGAAGCACUCAACGCGCAGAUUGAUACCAUUAUCUUAGAUAACUCCAAGAAGCUCAGUGCCAUUAUCGACUCGAUUCUGCAGGCGUGUGCGGAUAAACUUGAUGAUGCACUGUAUGAACUGGAAACGCCUUCUUCUGCGGCCAUGACGGCAUCUACGCCCGAGUAUGUUUUAUCCCUCAUCGAAAAAGCACAAGCAUCGUCCAACGAAUUUACGGCCGUAUUCUCUUUGUUUGUUGAACAGCAAGAGGUGGGUGGUGAUCAUGUGAAUGUGAUUAAAAGUGCGAAUCAACUAGCACAGGCCAUGUGCGAUUCUCUCGUGAACGUCAAAGGUAUUUUGCGCUUUUGCAAGUCAGAAGAGGCUAUGGACCGCCUCACGAGCGUAGCUGUUGAUGCCGGCCAUAUUCUACUGCGCUUCUUUUUGAACAUUCAAUCCUACCGUCUUGCCGGCAUGACAUCCCAGCAACGUACCAAUGUGGCCGUGCAGCAAAAUGCUCAAGUCAGUACGGCACUUGGUCGCCUUGCGGAUAGCGCGCAGAGCCUGGUAGGCCAGCGUCCUUCGCAACUGCAAGGCGGAGAGCUUGGUGAUAUUAUUGAGCGUGAGAUGAUAUCAGUGGCUAGUACCAUUGAGCAGGCGACACAGCGUUUGCAAACGCUACUGGGGCGCGACAGAACAUCAUCUCGUUAUACGCCUACAGAGCUUCAGGUGCACGACACCAUUCUCGAGGCGGCCAUGGCCAUCAUGCGUGCGAUUGGUGUUUUGAUCCGCGCCUCUACCGAGAGCCAGGAAGAGAUUGUCGCACGCGGACGCGGUACGAGCUCGGCGCAGCAGUUCUACAAGAAGAACAAUCGUUGGACAGAAGGCCUGAUCUCUGCCGCGCGUGCUGUCGCCUUUGCGUCGACGAUGCUUAUUGAGGCCGCCGAUGGUGUGAUUAUGGGCACACACAGUCUUGAGCAAUUGAUUGUCGCAUCAAAUGAAGUCAGCGCUGCCACGGUCCAGCUGGUGGCCGCCUCAAGAGUCAAGAGUGAGUUUAUGUCACAGACGCAGGAGCGCCUCGAAAAGGCUGCCAAGGCGGUAACAGAUGCAUGCCGCGCGUUGGUUAAGCAGGUCCGCAUGCUCACGGAAAAGCAAGAUAUGAUGGAGGAUGUGGACUAUUCUCGCAUGGCCACGCACGAGUUCAAGGUGCGUGAAAUGGAGCAGCAAGUCGAAGUGCUUAAGCUCGAGAAAGACCUUGCGCAUGCACGGCGCGUGCUAGGCGCCAUGCGCCGUGCAGGCUACCAUGCCACAGAAGAAGACGGUCCAUUGCUUUAA